GCAGUUGAUUUGACUGUUGGUAAAACAGUUGACGUCGAAAUGGAUUCGAAUGAGAAAGACUUUGAGCACAAACGGAAGAGCCAGUCUCUCAAAGUUCCCCUCUCGGAGAGGCCGAGCAAGGUAGGCGGCGGUUUCAUCGGCCUCGCGGGAGAGUCAAGUGCAGCUACUAGCGCAACCUCAUCCGGUGGUGUGAAGGGAGGGGAUGCAGGUACCAGUGGGGGGAUUGAUUCGGACAAGAAGAUGAAGACUAAUCUGGUGAAGAGGCGCUUUAUGGGACUGAAGAUGCCAGACAAACAAAACGAAAAGGGAGAAGAGAAGACGGAGGAGGAGUUGGAGCUGGAGCGACUGGAAGUGAAGAAUGUGAGGGCCAAGUUCUACACCGGAUUCAUCCUCUACUCGACCAUGGUGGUCAUGCUCAUCCUACAAAUCAGCAUCUUCCUCAACUUCCUCCAGAUCAAACAGGACGCCAUCGAUGUGGAUGAAUUUGUGACUUCAAUCCGACGCGACAUCGGCAGAACCCGACUUGGAAUAGCCCUGGAAGUGGAAGGAUUCGACGCCACCUACGUGACUUACGAUGACGGCGGUUUGUCGCUGGCAGAAGUAGGGGAUCUUUCCAUUUCUGGGAAUUCCGAAAAAGACGCCCUCUGUGUUGAAACGGAAUUGCAGUUUUUAAGGAGAAUGUCACUAUUGUUCCCGUGUUCCUCGGGCACUCGACGGUCCCAAUACAUCUGUGUUGUCGACUUCUGAAGAUAAAAAAAAUUCAAAUCCAGAUCCUGCAAUAAAUGUUAACUGAAUCCCGUAUCACACUAAAAAGUAAUGAAAUUAACAAUGUCUUGUAAAUGUUAUAGCCGUUCGGUCGCUUUCAUUCUUUUUCUCAAACUGAAAUAGACUUUAAAUUUGAACCAUUGAUUUCAAAGCUCUAGAUCGCGUUGAGUAAUUACCAUCAGGCGCGGAUCUUGGAAUUUCUCGAGGGAGAUUUUCAAAAAAGAAACUGUUUUUUAGGUCGACCAAAUU